AUGACAAUCAUAAACAUAAAAUCAUCACAAAUAGUCGCUAAAAACAGUAAUCGUCACAAUGACUUCUUGGAUGAUUAUAUUGAUGACUACAUGGAUGACCACGCAUAUAACUACUUGGAUGAUUAUAUUGAUGACUACAUGGAUGACCACGCAUAUAACUACUUGGAUGAUUAUAUUGAUGACUACAUGGAUGACCACGCAUAUAACUACUUGGAUGAUUAUAUUGAUGACUACAUGGAUGACCACGCAUAUAACUACUUGGAUGAUUAUAUUGAUGACUACAUGGAUGACCACGCAUAUAACUACUUGGAUGAUUAUAUUGAUGACUACAUGGAUGACCACGCAUAUAACUACUUGGAUGAUUAUAUUGAUGACUACAUGGAUGACCACGCAUAUAACUACUUGGAUGAUUAUAUUGAUGACUACAUGGAUGACCACGCAUAUAACUACUUGGAUGACUAUAUAGUUGACGACACGGACGACUAUAUUAACGACUUUAUACCUACAUAA